AUGCUGAUAACCAAAGAGAGCACUCUCGCUGCGUUGCUGCUUAGCUUCGCCUUGCUCGUUGUAGGCCAGGACUAUAGCUGCGGACCAGGCAAGCCAUGUGCGCUCGGCUGCUGCGGUACCAAUGGCGUCUGCGGCAUGGGCCCGGAUUACUGCGCGCCAGGGAACUGCAUCAGCGAGUGUACGGCAAAGUCGGACUGUGACCCAGGUUGGGGAUCCGAGUGGUCCAGCGCUGAGAAGUGCCCCUUGAACGUAUGCUGCAGCAAGUUUGGCUUCUGCGGCACCACCGAGGAGUUUUGUGGCGACAGCAAGGUGACCAAACCGUCCUGCAAAGGCACGAGCUCCAACCAGAGGACCAUUGGCUACUAUGAGGGCUGGUCCACCACCAGAGCCUGCGAUGGCAUGUACCCAGAGAAUAUCCCCGCCGGCGCCUACACGCAUCUGAACUACGCCUUCGCCUUCAUCGACCCCGUCAGCUUCGCCGUUGCCCCCAUGAGUGACACUGACAAAGACCUUUGGCCACGCUUCACCGCGCUGAAAGAGCUCAACCCAGGCCUCAAGACCUUCAUCUCGAUCGGCGGCUGGUCCAUGAACGACCCUGACCAGCCCACUGCUACCACCUUCUCCGACCUGGCGGGCUCAUCUGAUGCGCAGGACAAGUUCGCUAAGAGCCUGAUUACCUUUAUGUCGACGUACGGCUUUGACGGCGUGGAUAUCGACUGGGAGUAUCCUGUGGCUGAGGAGCGCAGUGGCAAAGAGGCCGACUACAAGAACUAUGUCACCUUCUUGAAAAACCUCAAGUCGGCGCUGACCGCCAGCGGUGGCUCCUACGGCCUGACCAUCACCGUGCCGUCCAGCUACUGGUACCUCCGGCACUUUGAUAUUGUCGAGAUCAACAAGGUCAUCGACUGGUUCAAUGUGAUGACAUACGACCUGCACGGCACCUGGGACUCGACCAUCGAGUCACUCGGGCCCAAGGUCAUGGCCCACACAAACCUGACCGAGAUCGACCUGACGAUGGAUCUCAUGUGGCGCAACGACAUACCCCCCGAGAACAUUGUCCUGGGCUUGGGCUUCUAUGGCCGGAGCUUCACCCUCGCUGACCCGAGCUGCAAGACGGCCGGGUGCCCCUUCAGCGGCGGUGGCGCCGCAGGCGAGUGCACCAACAGCGUCGGCACCCUCUCGUUUGUUGAGAUCAACCGGCUCAUUGAGGCUGGCGCAACUGUGACCCUGGACAAGGAUGCCGCCGUGCAGAUCGUCACCUGGGACAACGAUCAGUGGGUCUCUUACGAUGAUGCGGAGACCUUCAAGAUGAAGCUGGACUACGCCAACAGCCUGUGCCUCGGCGGCUCCAUGAUCUGGGCCUCCUCCACCGACGACAGCCUAGGGACGGCGGCCGCUGCACUGUCCAAGUCCACGGGGCACCUGGCGCUGUCCCUCAAGGCGGUCGACAAGUCGGCCGACACCUUCUCGCAGUGCACCUGGGGCGCAUGCGCCAAGGAGGGCGAGACCAAGUGUGAUGGUGACCUCAGCGCGGCGCAGUAUGCCAGUGGCAAGGGCAAGGGCAACGCCGGUUUCUACAACGACUGCCCCAAGGGCCAGGUCCGGCCCUACUGCUGCCCCAAGAACGACGUGCCUACAUGCCAGUGGAGGGGCCACGGCAUCAACUGCUCCAACGAGAAGUGUGAGGAGGGCGAGGUCGAGGUCACGACCCACGUCGGCGGCUGUUUUGCCGGCCACACCCGCCUCUGCUGCUCCCGUACCUCAUCAGACUCGGCCAUUGGAACAUGCAAGUGGGAGGGCGCGUCCCCUGUGUGUAGCGCUCCGUUUUCCUCGUACGGAUGCGACGACGACAGGCAGGAGCUGACAUAUAGCAACUACGGCGCCGGCGGGGAGCAAUACUGUUUCACAGGUCACAAGAGCAUGUGCUGCACAAAACCCGUUGUCUUUGAAGGGUGCAAGUGGUACUCAAACUCGCACUGGUACGCACCGUGGACCUGCGACGCUGGCUGUCCCUCGGGAAAGAUGGCGUUGGCCACCGACCCGACGAGCUGCUCCAAGGGCAGCCAGUACUUCUGCUGCGAUAACCCAGUCAAGAUCCCCGACAAGCCUGAUGUGAAGCUCGAUUUCUGCUAUUCAACCGACGGAGACUUUGUCGAGGCGACCGAAAAGGAUGACGCCGCAGAGGAUAGCGAUGACUACCUCGAACUGUGGUGGUACGAGGACGAGUGCUUCUCCAUCCCCAACAAGGGCGACCCGUCAAAGCAGAACCAGAGGAGAGAUUUGAUCGCCGACGUAGAUGUGGAAGGCUUGCAUCGCAGCCAGAUCGCAAAAAUAUUUUUGGAUGAAGGCAGCGUGCUUGAGGUGCCCCUGUCAAGCCCAUGGGUCCAGGACCUGCUCCAUCUCAGCACAGCUGCUGCCAGUUCCGGAUGGCGUCCGGACCGCGGGCAGCAGCAGGGGGACAACAACAGCACGCUCGAGGAGAGAAACGGCAGCAGGUUCUCCAAGAUUUGCAGGCCAGACAAGACCGUCAUCAACACUUUCAGCAGCUCACCCUAUCCCGGCGUCGGGAAGCUUACGCCAUCACGCCUCGUCUAUAACCUGGGCACUACUGGCAUCUGUUUUGGCGCGACGCUGGUGACGACGGCGCAUUCGCAGCUGGCACAGGGCUUGAAGACGGUGGUAGAACACGUCACGGAACUGCAAACACCCAAGGCCUUCAUGAACAGCCUGCUGGCCCAUGUCCUCCCGAGCGGCACCACCGGGUUUAAUCUGCGGUACAAUGCAGAGACCAUCUUCGGCAAGAACGGCUACUUUGACUAUACCCUCAAGGGUCUGGGGAUCGACGGCGACUUUCCUAAUAUCGACCCCAACACAAAGAUCUCGGCAUUCUUCUACAAGGUGCUUGGCAGCACCGAUUUCAAAGAGAACCUGCAGUUGCUCACAGCCAAGGAAAACUCGCUCAAGGCUGCCAUCUGGGGCCUGUAUACGAAUAUCAACGCCGACACAAAGUGGGCCAAGAUGUCGCCAACGACACAGUUGGACGUGAUGUGGCGUUUGAAGACGGUGGUCGACUACUUGAACCAGCAGGAUGUCCAAACCUCGCUCGAGGUGACGCGGGAUAAGAUGCUAGCCAUCUUCGCCGCAAUGGACAGGGUCCUGCCAAACUUCAUCACGGUCGGCGCCGGUCUCUCGCUCGAGGACGCCAUGGACACGUGGUACCGCGACCACUUCCAGACCAUGACGGCCAACCUUGUCGCGUAUGUGCAGCGGCGGCUGCCAGAUAUGAUCACGUUCUGGCAGAGCCCGGCGGGCCAGAACCUGCACGGCGCUCUCAACGCCGCGGCCAUUGUGGCUGACUUGGUGGACUUUCAGAACAAUGCUGGGGCGUACCUGGCUAUUUCCACUGCUUUUAUGUAA